AACUCCCCAGAAGGUGCCGCCAAGCAGUUUUGCCGUGAGUGGCUCUAGAGAGACGGUAUGGUCUGCAGAAAGAACCUUCCAAUUGAAUACAAUCCAUAA